CAUUGACAUGAUGACAUACAAGGAGGCAUCCAUGUGUCCUGAGAAGGGGUCCGAGUGCCAUUGGUCAAGUGGCUCUUUAUUGAGCAAAAGGGGGCAGUUCCAAGGCUCCCAAUGGUCUUGGACUAUUGGAGUUUUUGAGAUGGUCUUCUUUCCUUCUCCGUGAUCAGAGUCUAUCGAUCUUGGUCCUCCCUCUUCAGGAAAGAGGUGAGCAAAAGGCCUUUGGAAAUGCUGUAGACUCUUGGCAGUGUUAAUUAAAGCUUCUGGGUGAUGCGGGCCAAAUAUCUUUCUGUGGCCCACAGGAGGUGGGCAUAAGCCCUUUGCCCGUGGGGGAGGGAGAGAGAGUAUGGACUGCUCCACGGUCUUUGUAGAAAGCAUGGGACUCAUUUUUAACUAAGGAAUCAUUCCUGCUAGACUUACUUUCCCAAUUACUGUUACCUUUUUUGAGAAUCAAUUGUUGACAAGCUUUUUGGACAAGGAUCCGCCCACUCGUCCUGAACAUGUCAGUGCUCACUCAUUAUUUCCAAGGCCUGGUCUGGUCUGCUGCAGUUUGUGUGUGAUCGCCGGCUAGAUUAUGAUCUCGAGAUGGACCCUUUACAGACUUUUGCCUGUGGUUUCACAACCGAGCUGCUGAGAGAGGUGCUUGCAUUUCCUUUGUAAGGCUGCAGAUAUAAAACGGGAGUGUCUAGUGAACCACAUUACUUUUGAUAUUCUUGAAGUCGAAUCCAACUUGUGCCAUGGACGAUGAAGAGGGUUAUAUGACAUUAAGCCCCCGGAUGCCCAACGAAACCUCUAGCCAGGAGUCACUGUCUAAAAGGAGACGAGGUAAUUCCAAGAGGGUCACUCAGUACAAACUCUCAGUCGGGAUAUUGGGGGCAUUGUGUACCAUUCUGGGAUCGGCAGCCGUCGUGCUCCUCACAUUUGUUUUGCAGGGUGGCUUCCGUCCAUGUGAAACCGUCAAUGCAACUAAAGACAACGCGGGAAGGUUGGAAGACGGACCCUGUUUCUCUCAGCAGGUUGCCGUUCACCUCUGUGAGCCAUUUACAGAGGGUGCCACCUGUAAGCUCUGCCCAGCAAACUGGAAAGAAAGGAGAGGAAAAUGCUACUGGUUUUCAAGAGAGAAAAAGAGCUGGCUUGUGGGCUACCAGGACUGUUCCAGGAAGAAAGCUCAGCUCCCCGUGGUCUACGAUGCGGAAGAAAUGGGGUUCAUCCAACAAAACGUCCCAGAGAAAUCUCCAGUUUGGAUUGGACUUAAUUUUACACCCUCUGUGGGGAUCUGGACCUGGAUAGAUGGAGCAGCAUUAAAGGAACACCUGUUCCCACAAAUUCACCAAGAAAGGGAAACCAGCUGUGCCAUUCUUAAGGGCAACGACGUUCGCUCCGAAAUGUGCACGGCCGACUUUGGCUGGAUGUGUGAAAAGAGAGCUAUUGUGCUCUAAAUGAAUGAUGCCAAAAGACUGCCAGCUUCAAUCUGCUAAUAAAAUACAUUUUGAAUACGUGUGUCACAGAGAUUGCAUACAAAACAUCCUUUCUAAGGAGCUCCUAACAUGAUCAGGAUUAGCUAUCAGGCCCACGGACAGCUUGCUGACCGGGUAAGGGAAGUGGCGGGCCACCCAGCUGUGGCCGUAAGACGUUGGCCUCUAUGGCCCGACCGUGCUUGCUCUACUGUCCAAAACUGUAACGGGCAUUCUAGGGAUGGGGUUUAGGUUUUAAAUGGCAACCUUCCUAAUUUUAGCCAAUUCAGAUCCCAUAAAAAUCAAUGAAGUUGCAGGAGUGGAAAUACCAAGUGUAGACCAAAAGCUGGUAUAGUUGACAGUAUCCAACAGAGGAAAGGGAAAACUAUGUGGUCUUCUUUACACAAUCCAAAAGCAAAGCUGGGUAAUACCUUGAUUAGACCAUUAAAAAAAUCAGAGAGUGUGAGUUAGCUUUUAAUUAAUGCUAGUUUUUAUCAUGCUGGGUACCCCACUAUGAUGUGGAUGGUGCAGAAAAAAACCUAUGAACUGAGGUCCCAAAAGUCAUGGCCGAUAACCGUGCCCGGUCUCUUUCUUUCUUUCAACUUGCUUUUUAAAAACAGACUGGACACGAUCAUCGCCAUGACUUUUGGAACAACACGUUGGGUUUGUUUUUCAGCCCCAUCCGUGACAGGAUCUUGCUCGGUCAGCAGCUACCUUUCAUUCAUUCAUCCAUUCAUUCAUCCAGUUUUUUAGUGUCACCUAUACUUGCAUUUCCAGUGGAGAAAGCAAGGGAAAAA